CUAACCUAACCUCUUUUCAAAAACAAUAACCUAUAAAAAGCACACCACUAAGAACUUGACCCAUGUAAUAAUUUAUUCUUUCUCCCAAUCGAAAAAAACAUCAAUCGAUAAUGGAGAACUCUGAUGUACUUAUUGAUUAUUUUCUCUUCAUCGAAAACAACAAGGAAAUAGAAGAUGGAAAUUAUCCUGAAGCUUUAGAAUUGAUGAACCGCAUACAAGAUGUUGAUAUUUGGCAUUCUUUAAUAGAAAGAUCUUUCGACACCGAAUUAUUAAAAGAAUACUUCUCGACCUUAUCGUCAGACAAAAGAAGCAACGUAUUUAAAUUUGGUAUAUCCUGUUUUGUACAUUUUGUCCAAGCAAACUUCACUGGUCCUGAGCUUACAGAAGAUGUAACUAAAAUAUUUAACAUUCCUGAGACUUCUAAAUAUACUGGCGAAUUCCUGUUCUCAAAUCAUGAUGAAAUAAAUGUUAACACUAAGUUCCCCAUUUUACUUUAUGUGUCAAAAUGCAUUUUCCAAAAUUGUUCAGUAGAAAAGAUUGUGAAUUUAUUAUGGACCUGGAGAAGUUUAAUUAUACAUCAACAGAUAAUGGAAGAGUUGAGUCCUCUUUUGUUGUCUGUGGCCAAUGAACUGAAAAUGCAAAUUGAUACAUUUAAUCUUCAAGCCUACACAAGAGCAAAAUUUGACCUAGAAUUCGCACAACUUUAUCUGAUACUUCGUCAUAUAAGUAAAUCUAACAAACAUAUAGAUUCUGCUGAGAAUAUUUUGGGUAUAAGAUAUAAUUUAGGUGGUAAACUAGGGAAAAGAACUAAAUAUCAAGCCAAAGAUUUAGCUCAAAUGACCCUUGAUGUGACCUUAUCAGACAAUUAUGACAUAAAACGCCCACCUAUUCAUGAUUUCCAAGUACCUAAAAAUAUUACACUGAAUGAUGAUGUAAGACUAGACAAAAUACAAUUUGUAGAACCUCGGGAAAAUGGUGUUCAAUUGCCCAAUACAGAACAAAAGGUUCUUCUUACCAGAGUACAAGAAAUCAUAAUGGCUAGACCAAAAACAGAGUUAAUUGAAGAAGAAGUUCUACCAUUUUUUGAUUUAAUUUUAAGCCAGAAAAAUACUUGGGCAGUAAGGGUUGUUACUCUGAUGCUUCGAUGUGAAUAUGAGAAUUCAAUAAGGACCAUCAAUAGAAAGAUAGCACAGUGCGAAGAAAUUUUAGAAUGCUUCAGAAGUUCAAAGCCCCAUGUUUUGAACAGAUUCGCAGAUGUAUUCAGUUCAGGUUUGAAACCAAUGUGGAAAGUCCAGUCUGUUUACGCUGAAGCAUUGCGAUUGAUGGGACUAAUAAAGGACUCGUUGAAUAUUUACAUCGCUAUUCAAGAUUGGGAAUCGGUGAUAGUAUGUUAUACCUUGUUAGGUUUAAGGCAUAAUGCAGCAGAAGUGAUAAAACAGCAGCUGGACAAAAAAGAAACUCCCAAAAUGUGGUGCCUGUUAGGUGAUGCUACAGAUGACAUUACUUGUUACGAAAAGGCUUGGGAACUGUCAAAUGAGAAGAGCCACAUGGCAAGAAGGCACUGGGGUAAUUUUCUUUUUGAGCGAAAAAAAUAUGAAGAAUGUGUACCUCAUUUUGAAACGUCAGUUGCAAUAAAUCCCCUACAACCACCUGUUUGGCUGAGACUGGGCUAUGCUGCUCUGCAGAUCCAAAAUUGGCAAUUAGCUGCGACAGCUUAUAUAAGAUACACCCACUUGGAACCUGAAGGAUUCCAGGCUUGGAACAAUCUGGCUCAGGCCUAUAUCAAAAUGGGACAUAACAAAGAAGCUCACAGUGCAUUGGCGGAAGCUCUUAAAUAUGACUUUGAGAACUGGCAGAUAUGGGAGAAUUAUUUGAUAGUUAGCUGUGAUAUUUCAAGUUAUUCAAAUAUAAUUCGAGCCUAUCAUAAGAUCUUAGAUUUGGAAAGAAAAUAUAUCAACAUAGCAGCUCUGAAAAUACUUGUUUUCGAUGCUUGCAGCAACUGCUCUGAUGAAAAGAAUUCCAAGGAUGUGAAAGAUGAUGAAAAACCUGAUGUUUUAUUGAAACAAACUAAGGAAUUAUUGGGUAGAAUAACAUCUAUUGAUUCAAGUCAAGGUUAUGUCUGGGAAAUGUAUGCAAGUUUAUGCCCACCAGGUUCCCUGAGAGCUGAACGUCUUCAAAAAGCCUUCCGGGCCUAUACACAACUAGGGUGGGACAAAAAUCCCCAAAAUUGUGUGAAAGUUUUGUGCCUUUGCAUGAAAAUCGCCGAAUUACUUUUGAGCGACGAAUUGGAAUUUCAUUUUGAUCUUCUUAACUCAGCUAGAUUGCAUUUGAGAGCUGCAAUUGCUGCUGUAAAGAAGCACAAUUGGGAAGAUACGAAAGCCCUUGUUGAGGAAGUGUCUGAUUCCCUUGAAAAAUUGACGCAGAAGGUGAAGAGUUUGCAGCCAAGUACCUAAUGGGUUUUUAUAAGAUCAAGGAAGAAAUAAAACCAUUUGCACUGGUGUUGAUAGAAUCUUUUCAGAAAA